CUGGUACGUCUGCAGCUCGCAGCUUUCGCCUCACACCGUGUCGCGUGGAAGGGGAGGAGGUGGUCUGGGAGGAGAGAGAGUUGGCACUCGCCAGGCUGAGAAGGGGAAACUCGCUUGGCAGUUGUUUGUUAGGCGGGCUCCUAAAGGGCAGGCGGUGAAGAAAUCCCGUGAUGAUAACCAGGAACGUAUCACACCCCGCCUGCUUUGCUGUGACCAGGUCCAAUAUUCUGGGCUCCUGCUGUUUAAGAGAGCUCUUCACGUCUAGAGCAGAGUAUCUGCCUUUGUUGUUACACUUAUUAACUUUAUUGAGAGUUUUGUGAUUCAAGUGUGGCCUUUCUACGACUCGACGUGGCACGAGAGACGCUCUAGUUCGAAGGAUCUGGACAAUGGCAACGAACGGCCAGACGAACGGUGCAGCGGAUGCGAGGCCUGUUUUCUUCUUUGAUAUUGAUAACUGUCUUUACUCCCGAAAGAAUAACAUUCACGAUGAAAUGCAAGUCCUAAUAGAUAAAUUCUUCGUCGAACACCUCUCCCUCAGCGCGGCAGAUGCGACAAUGCUUCAUAAGAAAUACUACCAACAGUACGGGCUUGCGCUGGAAGGGCUAACACGGCAUCACCGGAUCGAUCCCCUCGAGUUCAACCGCGAAGUGGAUGACGCUCUCCCUCUCGACGAGAUUCUCUCACCCAACCCUGUCCUCCGUGAACUGCUCGAGGAUAUCGACACGACGAAAGUGAAGCCGUGGCUGUUGACAAACGCCUACGUCACACAUGGGAAGAGGGUGGUGAAACUGUUGGGUGUGGCAGACUUAUUCGAGGGCAUCACCUACUGUGAUUACUCGCAAACGCCGCUGGUGUGCAAACCCAGCCAGGACAUGUACGCAAAGGCAGAGGCAGAAGCCGGCGCUCCGAGCACAGAGAGCUGCUAUUUCAUAGAUGACUCUGCUUUAAAUUGCAAGCACGCGCAGGCCCGGGGGUGGAACACAGUCCAUCUGGUCGAACCAGAGCUCCCCCAGCCCCCCGCGCCAGUGUCAAAUUACAUGGUGCGAGAUCUCGAGGAGUUGCGGACUCUAUUCCCCUCUUUAUUCAAGACAGGGUCCAAAACCAUGUAGUAGUCAAAUCAUCCUUAGACUAGAUUUUCAACACACUUUCAUGCACAUAUAGAAUUCUACACACCUUCCU